AUGGCGACAAUAGUGGUGAUGGUGGCGGCAAACUUGAUGCUCGCUCAUCUUGGGGUCUCGCAACAAACACUAUGCGGAGGAAAUAUUUCCGACCUUAGAAAACAAUGCUCCAAGUUCGUUGAAAAUCCUAAUUUGAAUCCGUCACAAGAGUGUUGUAGCGCAGUGAACAAAUUUGACAUCCGUUGUGCUUGCAAUUUUGUUACUCCCAUUGUGACAAAGCUGGUUAACAUGACGAAUGCCGUUAUUGUAGCAAGAAAAUGUGGUCUCACAAUUCAACCAGGCUUCAAAUGUGGAAGCUACACAGUUCCUGAUCAUCCACCAAACUGGAAGAUAUAA